AUGAAUAUUAAUAUAAUAUUUCAAAAUUUAAAUACUUUAAAUUGUGAGGAAGAAGAAUCUACUGAACUUUUACACAAAAUAGAUUCAAUGGAUGAUGAUGAUUUUGAAAAAUUAACCAAAUUAAUAGAAUUUGAAAAUUUAAAAUUAAAAGAAAGUAUAUUUUUAAAUCAUCUUUUGUAUUAUCCAGAUAAAAUUUUUCAAGAAAAUAUAAUUUGUCAAGAUAAAAUUUCUACUGAUGAUCAAAAACUUUUUUUGUAUAAAAAAUUGUUAGAAAAACAAGAAAUGAUAUUAAAAAAAGAAAAUAUACUUUUGAAUCAACAAUUAGAGUAUGUUGAAAAAUUGAAAAAUCUUCAAAACAAUAUUGAAAAAUUAAAUGAAAUGUCUCCAAAAUUUUAA